AUGACUUCUCGGGGGAUCCAUGAUAGCCUUGAAGACGUCCGUCCAAGGGAUGCAAAUUUGGACUUUGUGAAUCAUUUGCAGGCUGGGCCUGGCAGUUCUCCUGAGAUCCCCUCGGUGUCAUACAAAUGCUAUAAAUUCUUCAAAGCAGACCCAAUUCCAGGCCAAGAGGCAUCGUGGACGAAGGUCGAGCGAAUUGAAAUGGAUCUCUCUCAAGAAGAGCUGCGCGAGGAGGUUCACAGACGAGCCGACAAAUUCUCUGCGGGACAUCAAUAUCAGGCUUUAUCCGAGAUCAGACAGGCCCAUGUCAACCGGCUAAUUCAUGAGCAUCGAGAGAUGUUCCCGUGGGUUGAUUGGAGUUGCGUCUAUGCGAAGCAAAUAGAACAAGCCGCAAAAGCUCGUAAUGCCAAUCGUGAAGAUUAUGAGACUGUCUCCAUGACGGUGAUCUUGAUGCAAAGACCAUUGCAAACAUUGACACAUCCCAGAACCCCGAUGGGGGAAUUGGUAGAUUUGCGACAGCGUCAUACUUCUCUUACUCAUGUGGCACCUAGUACAACGGAGCAGCCACAAAUGACUUCACCGAGUAAUCAAUCUCUGCUCUCAGAUCAGUGGACGGAGGAACCUCAGAUUUGGCUUCCAAGUGGAUUCCCUGACUCAGACCUAGGGGAGGGUCAUCAACAACUCCGUUCAAUAAUGACAGUCGAUGGAACUGUGCAGACUCCGGAUGAUGAAGUCACUGCCACUGAGGCCUUCGAUGAUUUUAAUGAAGCGAAUAUUGGAAGGUAA